CCCAUCCUGCCAUCCAUUUCCAUUUUGACAUGCUGCCGGUACGCCCGAUGCUGCGUCGCUUCUCCACGGCACCCACGGGCUUCCGCAGUCUACAACUGCCUGUGGGUGCUUCAGACUCCUCGUUGUCCGCCUUGACACCGACCUCCGCAGCUUCAGAGCUGCCAAAACUGCUGUGUUUGCCGUCCACUUUCGGCUCCGCGGCCAGCGAUUUCCGUCUGCAAUACACCAGCGCACAGCUCACGCGCAGCUUCGCGCUCUAUGGCAUUGACCCACGCGCACCUGAGCAGGACUUUGGACGCGGACGUGUCGAGCGUGAUGCUGACGACGUUUUGCGCGCGGCCGACGCCCUAAAGCUUGAGCACUUCUCGCUGCUGGGCUGCAGCCACGGCGCCAAUGUGAGCGCCGUAGUAGCAGCCAAACAACCUGAGCGAGUAUCGCGUCUAGUGUUGGUGAACGGCAACGCGUUCGUGAGCGACGAGGACCUGGAGGACAUGGAGGAGCAUGCGGACGUGAACACGUGGCCCAAGGAGAUGCGCGAGGCAGCAGAAGCCAAGUUCGGAGCUCAAAACCUGCAGGACAAGUGGGCCGAGAUGCUGGAAGCGCUUCGCCAGGUGGAGAGUGAGGACGGCGGCGAUCUCAUUUGCGGCCAUCUGCCGUACAUCAAGUGCAAGACGCUGGUGGUGUCCGGCGGCCAGGACAAGUUCGUGCCUUCGUUCCACGGCGAGUACCUGAGCGAGCGCAUCAUGCAUUCCCGACUCGAAGUGCUGGCGGAAGCUGGCCAUGAUCUUGUGCUGUCCGAAGCCGAACGCUUCAACACGUUAUUAGAGACCUUCUUGAAGGAACCCGACGACAAGCUCACGCAGAGCCGGGAAUUCGUGGCCGUACCUUCAAAGGCGUAGAAUAGCAAGAGCAAAAGGAUGAGAGUGCAAGUCGUCUAGGGAGUAGACAGUCAAAACAACGCACACACAGGCACGCUUGCAUUUACAUAGAGUCUCAUCUUAAGCUCCCGCC